CCCCCCCUCUUGUUAUUUUCCUCUCCAGCUUUUCCCCCUCUCUCUCUUCCAUUUACCUAUAGGGAUAACGCCGGACUACAUUUAUGGUAAAUGAAAGCAAAAACAUGUACAUCCCGGAGGACACCCUUGAGAACCAUCAAGGCUCCGACUACUCUCCCCCUCCCCCUCUUCCUCGACCUCCUCCACCUGGCCUGACCAAUGAGCACAGUGGUGGCACUAGCCAUGGCGACCAUGGUGGAGGAGGGGGCGGGGUCAACCAUGGAGUGGGCGUGGUUGGUCUGGCUCCAGAGCACAUCCCCACACCGGGGGCAGCCCUGAGCUGGCAGGCGGCGAUCGAUGCCGCGCGGCAGGCGAAGAUGAUGGGUAAUGCCGCAUCGGGUGGAGGGGCGGGGCUUGGGUCCGGAGGGCGAGGGCCCAUCUCCACGGCCAGCUCCACGCAACGGAAGAGACAGCACUAUACCGCUAAACCCAAGAAACAAACCACAACGACAGCCACAAGGCCGCCACGAGCUCUACUCUGCCUCACACUCAAGAAUCCUAUCCGCAGGGCCUGCAUCAGCAUCGUAGAGUGGAAACCAUUUGAGAUCAUCAUCCUGAUGACAAUUUUUGCCAACUGUGUGGCCUUAGCUGUCUACAUCCCCUUUCCUGAGGAUGACUCGAACGCCACCAACUCCAACUUGGAGCGUGUGGAGUAUCUGUUCCUCAUCAUUUUCACGGUGGAGGCGUUCCUGAAGGUAAUAGCCUACGGCCUGCUCUUCCACCCCAACGCCUACCUGAGGAACGGCUGGAAUCUGCUAGACUUCAUCAUUGUAGUUGUAGGGUUAUUCAGUGCAAUCUUGGAGCAGGCCACAAAAGGGGAUGGGGCUACUCCUAUUGGAGGGAAAGCGGCGGGCUUUGAUGUCAAGGCUCUGAGGGCAUUCAGAGUACUCAGACCCCUCAGACUGGUCUCUGGAGUACCGAGUUUACAGGUAGUGUUGAACUCCAUAAUCAAAGCCAUGGUUCCUCUGCUCCAUAUCGCCCUGCUGGUCCUCUUCGUCAUCAUCAUCUAUGCCAUCAUUGGUCUGGAGCUCUUCAUGGGCAAGAUGCACAAGACCUGCGUUCAUAACCUAACAGGCACUAUUGCAGAGGAAAAGCCAGCACCAUGUGCACCUGAUGGAGCUUAUGGUCGACAUUGCAAGCAGAAUGGAACACAGUGCAGAGUUGGGUGGGAGGGCCCAAACGACGGCAUCACAAACUUCGACAACUUUGCCUUUGCCAUGUUAACGGUGUUCCAGUGUAUAACCAUGGAAGGCUGGACGGAUGUGCUGUACUGGAUGCAGGAUGCCAUGGGCUAUGAGCUGCCAUGGGUCUAUUUUGUCUCUCUUGUCAUCUUCGGCUCUUUUUUCGUUCUCAAUCUCGUUCUGGGAGUGUUGAGCGGAGAGUUUUCCAAGGAGAGAGAGAAGGCCAAGGCGCGCGGUGACUUCCAGAAACUCAGAGAAAAACAGCAACUGGAGGAAGACCUCAAGGGCUAUUUAGACUGGAUCACUCAAGCCGAAGACAUUGACCCAGAGAAUGAAGAGGAGGGCAUGGACGAUGAGAAACCCAGAAAUCUGAGCAUGCCAGCCAGCGAGAAUGAAUCAGUCAACACAGACAACGCCCCCGGGGGAGACGUAGAGGGUGAGACCUGCUGUACCCGGCUGGCAAUUAGGAUCUCCAAAUCCAAGUUCAGCCGCUACUCUCGGAGGUGGAACAGGCUGUGUCGAAGGAAAUGCCGGGCAGCAGUCAAAUCACAAGUUUUCUAUUGGCUGGUCAUUUUCCUGGUUUUCCUCAACACUCUGACCAUUGCCUCUGAACAUCACCAGCAGCCUCAGUGGCUAACUGAUGUACAAGACAUAGCCAAUAAGGUUUUGCUAGCACUCUUUACUGGUGAGAUGCUGUUGAAGAUGUACAGUCUGGGCCUGCAGGCCUACUUUGUUUCACUCUUCAAUCGGUUCGACAGCUUCGUAGUAUGUGGAGGGAUCCUUGAAACCAUUCUGGUGGAAACAAAAAUCAUGUCUCCUCUUGGCAUCUCUGUGUUACGUUGUGUACGCUUACUCCGAAUCUUCAAAAUAACCAGAUAUUGGAACUCUUUGUCCAAUCUGGUGGCAUCCCUGCUGAACUCUGUCCGCUCCAUCGCUUCCCUGCUGCUCCUGCUGUUCCUCUUCAUCAUCAUCUUCUCCCUGCUGGGCAUGCAGCUGUUUGGGGGAAAAUUCAACUUUGACGAGACCAGACGAAGCACGUUUGACAACUUCCCCCAGUCUCUGCUCACUGUGUUUCAGAUCCUGACCGGAGAGGACUGGAACUCUGUGAUGUAUGAUGGUAUCAUGGCGUACGGUGGUCCAGCUUUUCCUGGCAUGCUAGUUUGCAUCUACUUCAUCAUCCUCUUCAUCUGCGGAAACUAUAUCCUGCUGAAUGUCUUCUUGGCCAUUGCUGUAGACAAUCUGGCAGAUGCCGAGAGCCUGACAUCAGCCCAGAAAGAGGAAGAGGAGGAGAAGGAGAGGAAAAAACUGGCCAGGCUUGGCAGUCCAGAGAAGCGUCAUGAAAAUGAGAAGCCGCCUCUGGAGGAAGAGAAGAAGGAGAAAAUAGAGCUGAAGUCCAUUACUUCUGAUGGGGAGACCAACACUGCUACAAAGAUUAACAUGGAUGACUGCUGUGGGGAUGAGAGCGAAGAGAAGAAUCCAUAUCCCGCCAAUGAUUAUAUAGGAGAUGAAGACGAUGAUGAGCCAGAGAUGCCUGUGGGCCCGAGGCCACGGCCCCUCUCUGACAUUCAGCUGAAGGAGAAGGCUGUCCCCAUGCCUGAGGCCCGAGCUUUCUUUAUCUUCAGCCACACCAACAAGUUCAGGGUUCUCUGCCAUAAGGUCGUCAACCACAACAUCUUCACCAACCUCAUCCUCUUCUUCAUCCUGCUCAGCAGCAUCAGUCUAGCGGCAGAAGACCCUGUCAAAAAUGACUCCUUCAGAAAUAAGAUCCUGGGCUAUGCAGAUCAUGUGUUUACUGGACUCUUCACCAUCGAGAUCAUUCUUAAGAUGACAGCCUAUGGCGCCUUCCUCCACAAAGGUUCUUUCUGUAGAAACUAUUUUAACAUCCUGGACUUGGUGGUGGUCAGCGUGUCCCUCAUCUCCUCUGGAAUACAGUCCAGCGCAAUUAAUGUUGUAAAAAUCCUGAGAGUUCUGCGCGUGCUUAGACCACUGAGGGCCAUCAACAGAGCCAAAGGACUAAAGCAUGUAGUGCAGUGCGUGUUUGUGGCCAUCAGGACUAUUGGCAACAUCGUCAUCGUCACCACGUUACUCCAGUUCAUGUUCGCCUGUAUUGGAGUGCAACUCUUUAAGGGCAAGUUCUUCUACUGUACCGACAACUCUAAGCAGACUCAGGCAGAGUGCAGAGGUUCUUUCAUCACAUAUAAAGACGGGGAUGUGGGAAAGCCUGACAAAGCCCCAAGAGUGUGGGAGAACAGUGACUUUAACUUUGAUGAUGUUCUACAAGGCAUGAUGGCACUGUUUGCCGUGUCUACCUUCGAGGGAUGGCCAGGGUUACUGUACCGAGCCAUUGACUCUCAUGCUGAGGAUGUGGGGCCCAUUUACAACUACCGCGUGGUCAUUUCCAUCUUCUUUAUCAUCUACAUCAUCAUCAUUGCCUUCUUCAUGAUGAACAUUUUCGUCGGUUUCGUCAUCGUCACAUUCCAGGAACAAGGGGAGCAAGAAUAUAAGAACUGCGAGCUGGACAAAAACCAGCGUCAGUGCGUGGAGUACGCUCUAAAGGCUCGUCCGCUGCGUCGCUACAUCCCCAAGAACCCUUACCAGUACAAGGUGUGGUAUGUGGUCAACUCCACCUACUUUGAGUAUUUGAUGUUCACACUCAUCCUUCUCAACACCAUCUGUCUGGCCAUGCAGCAUCAUGGACAGACCAAAAAUUUCAAUGAUGCCAUGAACAUCCUCAACAUGCUCUUCACGGGACUUUUCACUGUUGAGAUGAUCCUUAAACUGAUCGCCUUCAAACCCAGGGGGUACUUUAGUGAUCCCUGGAAUGUGUUUGAUUUCCUCAUCGUAAUUGGCAGCAUAAUAGACGUCAUUCUCAGUGAAAUCAACCCGGCUGACUCCUCCUCGUCCUCGUCCUCGUCCUCUUCGUCCUCCUCUUCCUCCUCUUCCUCCUCUCACCCCCCUGUGGUAAGGCCAAUGGGACUGCAGAACUCUGAAGAGAACGCCAGGAUCUCCAUCACCUUCUUCCGGCUGUUCCGCGUGAUGAGGCUGGUGAAGCUGCUGUCUCGCGGGGAAGGGAUUCGGACCCUGCUGUGGACCUUCAUCAAAUCCUUCCAAGCUCUGCCCUACGUAGCUCUGCUUAUAGUGAUGCUGUUCUUCAUAUACGCCGUCAUUGGCAUGCAGAUGUUUGGUAAGAUAGCUCUGCGGGACCACAUGCAAAUCAACAGGAACAACAAUUUCCAGACAUUCCCUCAGGCGGUGCUGCUGCUCUUCAGAUGUGCAACAGGUGAGGCGUGGCAGGAGAUCAUGCUGGCGUGUUCACCCAAACAGCCGUGUGAGAAAGGAUCAACCAAUGAAAGCAGCUCGUCCAACGAGGACUGUGGCAGCCAGUUUGCCAUCAUUUAUUUUGUCAGCUUCUACAUGCUCUGUGCCUUCCUGAUCAUCAACUUGUUUGUGGCCGUCAUCAUGGACAACUUUGACUACCUGACGCGUGACUGGUCAAUCCUGGGGCCACAUCAUCUUGACGAGUUCAAGAGGAUCUGGGCUGAAUAUGACCCCGAAGCUAAGGGGAGAAUAAAACAUCUUGAUGUGGUGACUCUGCUCAGAAGAAUCCAGCCUCCCCUCGGGUUUGGAAAGCUCUGUCCACACAGGGUGGCUUGCAAGCGUCUGGUGUCGAUGAACAUGCCUCUGAACAGCGACGGAACAGUGAUGUUCAACGCCACACUGUUUGCCCUGGUCAGAACCGCACUCAGGAUAAAGACAGAAGGGAACUUGGAGCAGGCCAAUGAGGAACUGAGGGCAAUAGUGAAGAAGAUAUGGAAGAGAACCAGUAUGAAGCUCUUGGAUCAAGUAGUGCCCCCUGCUGGUGAUGACGAGGUAACAGUCGGGAAAUUCUACGCCACCUUCCUCAUCCAGGAAUAUUUCCGCAAGUUUAAGAAAAGGAAAGAACAAGGGCUGGUGGCCAAGGUGCCCCCCAAAACCGCACUCUCUCUGCAGGCGGGCCUGCGGACAUUGCACGACAUCGGUCCGGAGAUUAGGAGAGCCAUCUCCGGAGACCUAAAUGUGGAGGAGGAGCUGGAUAAAGGUGUAAAGGAGCCUGUGUCAGCGGCGUCAGAGGACGAUAUCUUCAGGGUAAAGCGCACAGGAGGGUUGUUUGGCAACCAUGUCAACUACUACAACCAGAGCGAUGGCCGUGGGUCCUUCCCGCAGUCUUUCACUACCCAGCGUCCCUUGCACAUCAGCCAAAAAGGGUCACCUUGUGAAGGCGAGAGCCCGUCUCAUGAGAAGCUCAUGGAUUCAACUACUUUCACCCCUUCCUCUUACUCCUCAUCAGACUCAAACGCCAACAUCAACAAUGCCAACAACACUGGCAUGGCCGGGGUGGCAACCCAGGGCAUCAGUCGAUUCCCGAGCCCAUCUAUAAGCACUGUGGAUGGGCACACGGGGCAGCCACUCACCCCCAUUCUGCUGCCAAGAUCUGCGUGGUGCUUUCCUCCAAAGAGGACGUGUUUUUAUGACAGCCUCAUGCGCUCAGACUCGUGUGACAGUCAUCUGCCAAUCAUCCGAAGAGGGGAGGGGUCAACAGAGGAGACAUACGACGAGAGCUAUGUUGAAGACAGGGUGUACCAUGAGGAUGACCACUCGCUCUCGUCUGACAUGCUGGUGUAUCACGAUGAGACUUGUAAGCAGUUGACUCCCAUGGAGGAAGCGGAGGAAGUCGACGACAGAAGAGGAGGAGGAGGGUGGCAGUCUCCCAGGAGGGUCUUCCUCUGUCCCACUUCUCUGGGGCGGAGAUCGUCCUUCCAUCUGGAGUGUCUCCGGAGACAGUCGAGGCCAGACGUCUCUCAGAAGACGGCUGUACCUUUACAUCUUGUACAUCAUCAGGCUCUGGCUGUAGCAGGGUUGAGUCCUCUGUUAAGACGGAGCCACUCACCGACCCUCUUCAGUCGGCUGUGCUCCACACCUCCAGCAAGUCCCACAGCUCAAUGCAGUGAUGCCUCCUACCAGCGAGUUCCCUCUCUGAGGCUAGAGGGCUCCAACUCCCAUGAAAAGCUCAAUACCAGCUUGCCCUCUGUCAACUGUGGCCCAUGGUACAAUGACAGUAAUGGGAAUAGCCCGGUGCCCAGUCCUAGUCCCACCCCUAGCAUGCCAGCGUCCAGUCAAAGGGCACCGAGGCCGGUGUCGCUCACUGUACCGUCGCUGUUGGGGAAAGACUCCAGCUCGCUGUGUCACGGCAGCGCAGGCAGUCUAGUGGAGGCAGUCCUAAUAUCAGAGGGCUUGGGUCAUUUUGCUCAGGACCCCUCGUUCAUUGAGGCGACCAAAGCGGAGCUGGCUGAUGCCUGCGACAUGACCAUCGAGGAGAUGGAGCACGCCGCCAACAACAUUCUCAACGGCACCUCGCCCACAAACGCCACAUCCAGCACCUCCUCCACCUCUCAGCACAGCCCUAACGGCAACGUCCUCCCCUUCCACACAACAGCAGCAGCAGCAUCAACGCACAGGGACCGAGCGGUCGGCUUGAGUCCUAGUGAAGGUGGGGGAGAAGCUACAGGAAGCAGAGGCUCCAUACACGGUCCCUCCUCUAUAGAGGAGCGGCAGGAGCUGCUAGCCAGAGAGAGAGAACCAGAAGAAGAGGAGGAAGAAGAGGAGGCAGGAGGGAGGGAAGAGGGGCACUACAGAGGCUCGCUUGUGAUCGGAGGAGCACGACAGAGGAACAGCGGGCUGUUGGAGGACGAGGAUAUGGAGUGUGUGACAAGCUUAUAGGAGUCAAGUUAAUGGGUUCGAUCGACGAACUGGCCCCUCUGACAUCAUCAGAGACUGAUGCUUGUCAGGUGCUGCUUACAGCACCGCGGCUGGCUCUGUCUGUCCCCACCCUUCACAUACACACACACACAUACAAACACACUCUGUCGCUCUGGAGAGUGGCGGCCAGUGAUGCAACCUUAAACACUUGGUUAUGACUCUGUUAGUCUAUGAGUUAGUAUAUGGAUGGAUGUUUGCUGUAAAAGCGAUAUACUCUACGAGCGUGUGCUUACGCACGUUUGUCAGUGUGAUCUAGGAUUUUUUUUCUAUCUGUGCGCGCAUGUGCGUGUGUUCUCCACACGUGUCUGAGUGUGUCUCUAAAGUGCCUCACAGUUUUAUCAUGUCCUCAGAGUGUUAAGCGCAGAAAAGUAGACACAAGCAAAAAAGAAAAAGAAAAGAGACAAAGGGAAGUAUGACUGAAUGAAGGUAGACAAGAAACAACACAGCCAGGAAGUCCUUCCUAUGGUUCUCCUGCAGAUAACAUAGUGUGUUUAAUGUUUUCAUUUCCUACGCCUACUUUGUGU